AUGCCUUCAGCAUUCGUCCUUGUCCGCACUCAGCAUACCCGAGACUACACAAAACCAGAUGUCGAAAUCACAUACAACCUGCACAACAAGCUCAAAACACCCUACUCGCUUGAUCCAUCUUUGCAAUGGUCUGAAUCAGCUCCUCUACGAGACCCAGUCCUACAUAGACGGAGCAAUAUCACGCUUGCGGCUGGGACCCAAAAGGUCCUUGGCGUCGAUAUCGAGUUACUGAGGGCUAGCUACAUACGCCGUCUUCUUUACGAUGAGCUGCUAGGCCGGGUCUGUGGCGAGAUGCGCGAGGCCAUGACUGAGGGCGCGCUGGGACUACAGUGGUAUGGAGAUAGCGUUGAUUUCUAUACUGGAGCACACAUGAGAUGUGCUGCCAACACUACACGAAGCUAUGAGCGACACGUCUGGUGGGAUAUUUUUGAGGUCUUUGUGGACCUGGAGUAA